AUGAAAGCCAAAUCGUUAACAAAAACUGCUGUGGAGGGAAGACCAACAAAUGAGGAGUUAGCACAAAAAGUAGACAAAGACACUGAAAUGGUGGAAUACGAUGCGUCUUCAAUGAAAACUAAAGAGCAAAGGCAAAGAUUUCCUAAAAUUAUUACUCCAAAAACAAGAUCUUCGAGCAAAAGUACAUCAAAGAAAAAGAAAAAAUCUUACCUGAAGGAGACGGUUACUAGAACAGAGAUUCUCACUACAAAGGAGGUUCCAGAUGGUGUUGGAUAUGAUCCAUCAAAAGCGGUGAUAAAGAAUAAAGAGAUUAAAACAAAAACUACCACAAACAUUUAUCCCGAUAAAACGCCCGAGGCUCCAUUACCCCAAACGCAAAUAAGGCGUACAUUCACAAGAAGUGAAUCUUCAGAUCGCUCGAAAAAUGCGGAACCGUUUAGUAGAUUCCUUUUGAACGGAGAGAAGGAAUCAAGCCAAAAGGAUUACAUAGCAAUGGUAAAAAAUGCUCUAGAAGCCGCAUUGGUAGAAUGGGAGGACAAGCACCGUCCGAAAAAGCCAAUAGAUCCAUACCGUCCACCAAAGAAAUCGUCAAAGAAAGGCUCUCGCAAGUCAUCCAGAAAGUCUUCAGCAGUCAGAGUAAUCAAGAUUGAUACAUCAGGUGUAGGUACAAAAGAGUCAGCCAAAGCGAGGCGGAAGACAUCGAAGAGGAAAAAAAGAGAAAAGGUAACUGUCGCUAAGUCGAAAACUCCCACUGAAAGUGAUGAGCUGAAGACAGCCACAAGGGCUAGGUCGAAUGGAGAUUCCAUGCAAACUCUUUCAGAAUCCGGACUUGCUUCUGCGAAAUUUCCGGUGGUGAAACAUGCGAAAAUAAAGACACCAUCAACAUUAGCGUUUUCGCCCUCGCACUCGUCAUUGCUCGGCAAAAAAGUCAAACCAAGAACCCCAACAAAAGUUCGAAGACACUCAAGAACCCCAAAAAGAUCAGAAGGCUUCAAUCUGGCGGAAAGAUCUGAGUCUUACUUAGAUCGGCAAAUAAGUGCUGCCAGGCGAAGGGAACGAACAGCAAAAAAGCAGGUUAGUUAA